AUGACUACUUUUCACCUUCAAUCGGUAGAUAAUGACUUGCGUGGCCGGCUUGCGCUGGUGACUGGAUCUAGCGGGGGGAUUGGCUCGGCUUGUGCGAAAUCAUUGGCUUCCGAAGGCUGCGACAUUGUACUUCACUACUCCUCCAGCAAGGAAAAAGCUGAGUCAUUAGCUUCCGAGCUCCGACGAAGUCAUCCUUCGCAAUUAUUCGUUACCGCCCAAGCCAAUCUCACAUGCCGCGAAUCCACGCGCGCUUUCGUAGCAACCGUGCUUGCUAUUCCUACCAUCUCUGAGAAGCACAAAGCGAUAUCUGUGCUCGUUGCAAACGCCGGCAUUGGUCGUCGCAUCCGAGAUGUUAAAGACAUCGAUGAACAAGACUGGGAUGACAUGAUGGAAGUCAAUGUUCGGAGUCAGUUUGUUAUUACAAAAUCAGUUGUCGAAGGAAUGCGAUCACAAGGGUGGGGAAGGGUGAUCCUCGUGAGUAGCAUUGCGAGUCGAGGAAGCGGGUUAAAUGGGUGCCAUUAUGCAGCUUCCAAAGGUGCUUUGAGCUCAAUGGGCUUGAACUUGGCCGCUAUUUUGGCCAAUGAAGGCAUCACGGUCAACGUUGUUUCACCGGCCAUGAUUGGAUCUACAGGAAUGAUUCCUACUCCGAAAGAAAGUACUUGGACGUCCAAAUGUGACAUGGAGGCAAAGAAGGAGUCUGACCCUGGACUUGUAAUUGCUAGCAGUGUACCGAUACAUCGACUUGGGGUGCCAGAAGAAGUGGCCAAUGUGGUAGUCAUGUAA